GUCACAGCUUGCCUGGCGAAUGAGCGGCGCCGCUGGGGGAAACGUCAUAUUGGGCGGCCGGAAGUAGGUUGUGACGUGCAGCACGUGGGUCCUUGGUGCUGAAUCUGGACCAUGGGGAAACACCGGGCCAACAGAACGGCGGAGAAACCGGAACGGCCGGGCCGGCCACAGAGGUCGCUACCGGGACCGGGCCAGCCGCACAGGUCGGUACCGGGGCCGGGCAUUACAGUUAAAGUUCUGCCCUGUGACAGGCGUUAUAUAGAAUGCAGCUCAGGGGGUCUCCAGACCUGAGUCCCCAAAUCCUGUCAGUGAGUCCAGUAAUACAGAAUAUUAUUAUUAUUAUUAUUUUAUUAUAUAGCGCCAACAAAUUCCGUAGCGCUGUACAAUGGGUGGACUAACAGACACAUAAUUGAGAUCAGACCACUGACGUACAGGAACAGAGGGGGUUGAGGGCCCUGCUCGAUGAGCUUACAUGCUAGAGGGAGUGGGGUAUAUUAACACAAAGGGUUAAAGUAGGGGAAUUAAAUAGUUUGUUACAGAAGGGUUUAUUGAGUGCUUGGUAGGUCAUUUUUGACAGGUGAAGGAACGGAGUCAUGGAUAUCCCCUCAACUUCACAGCCACACCCCUCAAGUUCACAGCCACACCCCUCAACUUCACAGCCACACCCCCCUACACCCCUCACCUUCACAGCCACACACCCCCUACACCCCUCACCUUCACAGCCACACACCCCCCUACACCCCUCAACUUCACAGCCACACCCCUAAAAUUAAAGUGUCCCUCUCUGUCCACGUGACAUGUUGGGGGGCAUGGCAGUGACAUCACACUGCUCACACUGGGGACAGACGUUAUACUGUUACAUUAUACUAAAAGAAUUGCUCACUUGCCAGUGUUUCAGCUGCCACGAGCCCACGUCAGUGCUGUGCUCUCCUUGUACACGAGAAUACAGAAUUGAGGUCUUUACUGAAUCAUUAGUCGGUUGGGGGAAAAUGACAAGCGACUGAAAAAUACGGAGGCAGAGUAGUCCCUACUUUGUCUCAGUAUGUCUCUUGACUUUGUUGGAAUUUCAAAGAAACAUACCCUUUAACAAGCCAGUUUGAUGAAUGAAGAUUCACUCAUUGGCUGAGAGCGUUACCUGGUGUCCGAUUCUGCAACGACCUUUUGAUUUAGAGCUUUUUAAAAAAAAAACAGAAGGGCAUGGGAGAUUCCGUACUGAAGCAAGGACUUUGGGGCUAAGACACAUAAACGGUUUAACCCCUUAAGGUGAGCCAGUGCCAGGGGACUCCUGGCAUCAUAACAACUUCAUUUUGAUGAAGUUGUUAUAGUGCAUGGGGUGUGCCUUUAAAAGUUUUAUCCACAUGUAUUAAAACAUUUAAAAAGCUUAUCCAAAAAUAUUAAAUUGAGGCCUUGAUUCUCUAACAUUCAGUGUUUAAUGAACGAACCGGUGUAAAUGUAAGUCUUCCCUUACCUCUAAAAUCUGGAUGAAUCCUGGGAAACAAAAAAAAUAUACUGCUAGUGUCUAACAAUUUGUAGUGUGUUUUUUAAAUUAGCACCUCAUCUUGGCAUCAAAAUUCAGAAAUAAAAUUAAACGUUGCUCCUUAAAAUGUUUGUCUUGUAUUCUAUGUACAACAAUUGCCCAAUUCUUCACUUCUGUCUGAUGAUGACCUCUGGUGUGAUUUGACACUAACUCUCUCUAUAUCACGGUUACAUUUAGCAAUAUGAAGAAAAAGACAAAUUCAGCACCCAGAGACCUUGAUGUCCAGGAAAUCCCUUUCAAGCUGCGUGAAAUUAUGAAGAGCAAAUUGUUAAUGGGCAAACCGAAACCAAAGAAAAAGAAAAGGAAAGGUAGGAUUUUUCUGCAUUGCUAAUUUAGCAGACUACAUAGAGGGGUGAUUUCAUUUCCCACAAACUACACAAUGGAGUUUAUUCACUAAAUCAGUCAUUGUUGAGCAUCGACACGGGAAGUGCACAUUUAAGAUUAUUAGCCACAUUUGAUCAGAAUUGUAGCCCAAUAACAUUAAUGCUCUGUUAAUUGUCUGCUUGAGCCCGCAGCAGCCUCCCGUGUGUGGUUAAGGUUUAAUUAACUAACCGAGAAGGGGAUAGGUACAUCUAAAGUAAUCUGUAAAGUGCUGUAAAAAUGAAACCUUUUGUGGAAGCUGUGUGAGUCAAAGCCAGGGAAAGUGUGGCUAGGGCGGCAUAAAUAAAGCGAUUUAACUUCUGAAUUUUAGAGAAUUGAGCAAUAAGACUGGAGGGACAAUAUCUAUACAACAAAACUACUUAAUUAAAGGACCACUCUAGGCACCCAGAUUACUUCAGCUUAAUGAAGUGGUCUGGGUGCCAGGUCCAGCUAGGGUUAACCCAUUGUUUUAUAAACAUAGCAGUUUCAGAGAAACUGCUGUUUAUCAAUGGGUUAAGCCUUCCCCCAAAGCCUGUAGCGGCUGUCUCAUUGACAGCCGCUAGAGGCGCUUGCGUGCUUCUCACUGUGAUUUUCACAGUGAGAGCACGCCAGCGUCCAUAGGAAAGCAUUGAGAAUGCUUUAGUAUGCGACCGGCUGAAUGCGCGCGCAGCUCUUGCUGCACAUGCGCAUUCAGCCGACGGGGCGGAGAGGAGGAGGAGAGCUCCCCGCCCAGCGCUGGAAAAAGGUACGUUUUACUCCUUUUCCCCUUUCCAGAGCCGGGUGGGGGCACCCUCAGGGCACUAUAGUGCCAGGAAAACGAGUAUGUUUUCCUGGCACUAUAGUGGUCCUUUAAGCUUAAAUUGUUUUGGUUCUUAGAAUAAUGCUUUAACUUAUUAAAUGGUGAGGUUUUUAACUUAUUUAUGAAACCUUUAACAUAAGAAUAUAUUAGAGGGAUUUAUACAUUCAACAUGUUAUAUACUGUGGUCCAAGUGUAGAGAAUUAAAAGCUUCUUAAUCAUUUCUCUCCAUUGAAUGAGCCGAAACGUAAUUCAUUACAAUCGGGCAGUCUGUAGGGUACUCUAAACACCACAAGCACUGCAGCCUGCUGUAAAUGUUGUGCUAACAGAGAGUACCUUGGCACUAUUGCAUAGUAAAUAGUCAAAUUAUUUUGGAAUAGUUGGAGAUUUACCUGAGCCCUCUGUGUGCUAGCGAUUCUUCCUGUCUUCUUCCUAUGAAUAAAGUGUAUGUUUUAUUUCCUCUUUAAUUAUAUCAACUUUUACAUUACUCACCGGGUGAGACGACUAGAUAAGUCAGCUCCUAUAGCCACCUACCUGUUUAGUUUUUGUCAAAUUGUUUUAAUGUUUCUCUGACACCAAAAGUCUACUUCGUCUUCUGCCACCCAGAUAAUGAGGAAUCUGACUUCCACAAUUCUGUCCAAAUUAAAAUGGCAACGGUAAACCAGGGGUAGCUUAGCACAGGAGGAAGAAAACCCCUUUUAAAUUUGUGACAUUUACACUUUUUUUUUUAAAUUCAAAUUGUAUUUAAUUUUUACAUCUGCUGCUGUUUUCACCAACACAAACAGUAACUUGUAACACUGUUGUGACUUUAUGAAUCAUUAGUUACAUUUAAAGUCCAAUAACAGUUUAUAAGAAAUUGGUCAGAGGGUGAUCCCGCAGGGUUUUAUAAAGCGUUGUUCUUAUUUUCUGUCUUUAGAAAGGCUCUUGCCGCUGAAUGACGAGAUCCAGACAAAAAUCCCGAUCCCCAAAUUUAAGAGGAGGAAGAGGGAAUGUGUGGGUGCAUAUCUGGAUCGCAUGGAGAGAGAGGUCCAACACGUGAUAUUCUUGAGCAAAAACCAGCCUGAUGUGAUACCUGAGCUCGAGGUGCCCAAAGAAGAAACCGUUCAGCAAGAGUCGCCAAGUGAACCACAAGAGAAAUCACAGAAAAAAAAAGCGUAUGUACAUUCAGGAGUACCUUUUACAUUGAUCCAGAAUAUCCAAACAUUACUGCAGCAAGCUAUUUAAACUGGUUCUAGAGCGGAGUGACAAUCUCACAUUUAGGGAAAGGGGUUAUGGAAAGAGAGAUUCUACGUGCUAGUCGGCAGUGUGUGUUUUCUGGAGGCGUCCCCCCCCCCCCCUGUUCAUCUCUCAUCAACUGUUUAUAAACUUUUACAAAUAUCGGUAAAAAUCUUAUUACUAAACAAAAUAUAUAUUUUUUUUUUUUUAUUCUAUUCUUUAUCAGUAGCCUUUCUCUCCAGGUAAUCUUGGUUGUAUAAUACAGUAACUAUUACUAGUUUAAACCUUGUGGUCAAACUCGAGACGUGCGUAUAAAAUUCUUGAACCUUGGUGCAAAGGACAAUAGUGUCCCUCUAGUUAAAAAUAAUACAAACUUAUUUAUAUAUGUGUAUAUAUAGUUUAUUUUAAAUAUAUAGUAUUAUUAUUAUUAUUAUUAUUACAUUACUAUACACACACCAGGGAAGCCAUAAGACUUGCUUUUACUACAGAAAUCUCACUCUAACAGUGCUCUCGCUACUGCAAGGGAUUCUGGGUAGGCGUAUGCAAAUAAGCUCAAAUAUAUAUAUAUAAUGUGUGUUGUCUCAAUGCAUGACAUUUUGUAAAGAUGCACUUUUUUUUUUUUUAUUAGCAGUUUUUUGGUUAGUGCAGAGAUACAGCGUAUAUAACAUUGUCAUUUACAUCAUAUUAUUACAUUCUUUGACAUUCUUUGACAUACAUAGUUCGUACAAGUCAAUUAUUUGUUAUACAUUUGUGUCAGCCAGGUACACUCCUUAGCCUAUGUCCUAGAAAUGCCAUCACUAUUUGAGUUCCGCUGCACUUCGCACAUUUUGAUUUUGCAUAGGAGCUGUGGGUUGGGUGGGUAAAACCUGGAUGGUGGGGGUCGGUCGAGGUAGAGAAGACUAAAGAUUCAACCUUUAUUCCCAGAGAUUGUUGGAGUUCCCCUUUGUUCUUCCUAAUUUGCAAUGUUUGGGGUUGUUCUCCUAGUGUACGCGUCCCACAGUUCCCAAGCUUCUACCCAAAAUUUUUGAGUAGGCCUUGUUUUCCUAACCAUGGUUUCAUAUAGUCUAGAGGUUUCUAUAAUGUGGGUGCAUUCCGUUAGAGUUGGUGUGUGUGAUGCCAGCCAGUUUCUGCUGAUCGUUUGUAGCGCUGCAAUGAGUAUGUGAUAAAUCAGAUACCUUACAGUUUUCGUGAUGUUGUUUGGGAAUAGUUGGAAUAGGUAUUGUUCGGAUUGGGGGGGCAUCACUGUUCUCGAGGACUCUGUUAUUAACUUCGAGAUUUGAGUCCAGAAUGGUGUUAUUCUUGGACACGACAACCAUAUAUGAUAUACAGUGCCCGGCUGCUCUUCGCAUCUCCAGCAUUGCCCUGUGUUAUGAGGGUUGAUGUGUUUCAGUUUGGUCGGAACCAGAUGCCAGCGGUAUAGUAACUUCCUAGACAUUUCUAUGUGUGUGGUGCAUAGUGUUAGGUUCCUAUUUGCCGUAAAUAUACGGGCCCAAUUAGAUUCGUCCAAUUUCCUUUGGAGGUCUAUUUCCCAUUUCGAGAUAAAGGAGGGCUGUGCAGUGUAAAGUCUUUGGAUGAUUAUAUUAUACAAUUGGGAUAUUAGUUUAGUAGGAGGCUUGUUUUGUAUACAUAAUUGCUCAAGAGGCGGUAGUUGCCAGUCUUGUCUGAGUGGGGUGUUUGGUGGGUAGUGUGUGCGAAACCAUGACCUUAUCUGUAAGUACCUGAAAUUCAUGGUUUGUGGUAUUUUAUGUUUAAUCUGCAGGUGUGCAAACGUUAUCAGUUUGUUGUUAUCUACUAUUUGGUGUAAGGAAGUGAUGCCAUACUUGGCCCAUUCCUUGGCGUUGAAUUGUGGUAUAAGUAUUGUAAGGGCUUGGAGCUUCAUAGCUGGGGACGGAUGAGGGGAGGACCCUAGUUUGGUCCUAAGCGUGUCCCAUAUAGACAGGGACAAUUUGGUGGUUGGUAGCAUUCCCGUAUAUUUGGGUCUAAUGCAUCGUGGUAUCCAGACCAGUGUAGUCAAGUUAUUGCCUUUUGUGUAUGCUGCCUCUAUGGCAAGCCAUUCCGGUGGUUGUUGGAGAUGGGAUGCUAUGAUGAGGGGACUAAGGAUCGAAGCCGAGUAAUACGUUUCAAGGUGUGGUAUCCCUGUGCCCCCUUUCUUGAAGGGUUUGUAUAAUGCUGCUGCUGCCACCCUCGUUUUUUUUGUUGUUCCAUAUGAAUGUGUUAAUCAUAGCUUGUGUUUCGCGUAGGAAAAUCUUUGGGAGGUGUAUAUGUAGAGUACGGAACAAGUACUGGAGUUUAGGUAAAAGUAUCAUUUUUGUAGCCGCUAUGCGGCCUAGCCAGGAGACAUACUUGCCCCUCCACCCUGCAAUUUGAUUCUUUAAUGUAUUUACAAGUUUAACAUAGUUAGCUGCCAUCAAAGCAUGUGAUGUCGAUGUAAAGGCUACUCCUAGGAAUGUUAAAUGGUCUUUGCGCCAUUCAUAGUCAUAAUUUGUUUUCAGGUCUUGUAAGGUUUGUGUCGGUAUGUGCAUACUCAUCGCUUGUGUUUUUGUGAUAUUUAGUUUAUAGUAUGAGCAUGCACUGUAUCUGGUGAGGAUGUUAUGUAAGUGUGGGAGUGAUGUGUUUGGAGAUUCAAUGGAUAGCAUGAUGUCAUCUGCAAACAUUGUGAGUUUGUGUUCUGUUUUGCCUAUUUUUAUACCUUUAACUUCUGCAUGACCUCGUAUGUGUUGCGCUAGAGGUUCUAGAACUAGGAUGUAUAACAGAGGGGACAGUGGGCAUCCCUGGCGCGAUCCAUUUGUGAUCCUGAAUUCUCUUGACGUGAAGCCACUAUUGGCUACGCAGGCCGUUGGGAUUGAAUAUAAUGCCUUCAGUAGGGACAGGAAACCUGAUGGGAAAUUUUGUUUUCGUAGCACCGACUCCAGGAACCCCCAGUGCACCCUGUCAAACGCUUUUUCAGCAUCUAGUGAAAUGAAUACACUGGGUUUUCCCGAGCCACGCGCUAUUGACAUCAGAUUUAAGUUUCCGUGUCCCGUCCGAACCCUGCCUACCCUUUACAAAUCCUACUUGGUCUGUAUGAAUCACCGAGGGGAUAAUGGCGGAGAGUCUAUUUGCGUAGAUUUUUGCUAGAAGUUUUGUGUCUGUAUUCAAUAGAGAGAUGGGUCGUAGAUUUUGUGGUUUGUUUGGCGGUUUUCCCGGUUUGGGUAGUGUGGCUAUAUGGGCUUUUAACAUUUCGGGUGGUAUGUGGCCCGUUUUUAUGAUUGUGUUGUACAAUUCUGCUAGGUGAGGUGAUAAAGUGGAUUUAAAGCAUUUGUAGUACCAAUUCGUGAAGCCAUCUGGGCCUGGCGAUUUCCCUUUUGGUAAAGAGUCAAUGGCUUUUUCUAUUUCUAUCCGUGUGAUCGGCCUUUGGAUCUCCACUUGUUGUGUUGAGCUAAUCGUGGGGAGAUGUGCUUGGUCCAAGAAAUCUUGGAUUUCCUGGCUUGUUGGUUGGUGUGUCUUGUCGUCUUUUCCUAGGUUAUACAGCUUGGCAUAAAAAUCUGCCAUGGUGUCAUUGAUGUGUUGAGGGUUUGUUAAUUUAGUACCUGCGGAGUUAAUCAUGUGGUGUAUUUUAGACUGAGUCUGAUUUUGUCUUAGUAAGGAAGCUAAUGCUUUCCCUGCUUUAUUACCCUGAGAGUAGUGCGUCAUUCUCAGUUUGCUUAGCGUAUGUGAGGUCUUUUGAAACAGUAAGUCAUUGAUGGCUUUAGUGGUUUGAUAUAUUUUGGUCUGUCCUUCCUGGGUUGGGGAGAUAAGCUGAGCUUGUGUUUGAUCUCGGAGUAAUUUGAGUAACGAGGUAUAGUCAUGCUGUGCUGUUUUCUUCAAAUAUGCCGCUCGACUAAUGAGGAGUCCCCUAAUUACUGCUUUAUGUGCUACCCAUGUGUUCUGGGGUUGUGUUUGGGGUGUGCAGUUCGUUGUAAAGUAUAGAUUUAUUUCCUUUUCUAGUGAGUCUUUAAAAGUGCGGUUAUAUAAGAUAGUGUCAUUCAAUUUCCAGGGUGAGGCUCCCCGAAACUGGAAUUUGUCUUGUAGUGUCAAUGAGGUGGGUGCAUGGUCUGACCAUGUUAUAUCUCCGAUUCUACAUUCUGUGAUUGCGGUGAGAAGAUGUUACUAGAAUGAAGUCAAUACGUGAACUAGUCUUGUGGACUCUCGAGUGGUGUGUGUAUUCGCGAUUGUUUGGGUGCAUUGUGCGCCAUGAGUCAUAGAGAUGAAAUUCCAUAAUCAGUUUUGUUAGGGCUUUGCAGUACGGCUUCAGGGCAGCAUGUCUCCUGGUGUCUCUCAGUACUGUUGUGUCCAGGCUUGGAUCCAGAACAUGGUUUAGAUCUCCACAUAGAAUUAAAUAUUGUAAUUGUGGGCUCGGAAUUUUAGUUAAAACUUUGUGUAAGAAGUUCCUCUGAUUGGUGUUUGGACUAUAUACAGAGACUAUUGUGUAUUUGAUGUCGUUUAUGAUACAAUAAAGUAUGAUGUAUCUGCCUUGGGUGUCCUUUUUGAUUUGGAGUAGUUCAUAUGAUAGCGAUUUGUGUAUUAGUAUUGAGGCUCCCCUGGAUUUAGUGGAGUAUGUAGAGUGAUAUUGGAUGGGAUAUUCCCUUAGUGCAAACCUGGGUAUUUUAGUAUGCGUGAAAUGUGUUUCCUGAACACAAAGUAUAUCUAUUCUUUCUUUCCUAGCUGUGUCCGUGAGAACACGACGUUUGUGCGGCGUGUUUAAGCCACACGCGUUAAUGGUUUGUAUCUUCAGGUUGUUAUAGCAGUGUGGUUGCUAAAGGGGUAUCAAUUAGUCUAUAGUGUGUAGUGAAGUGUACCUCGACCCGGGAUAUGGAUAACUUGGAAGUAGUGAUGGGGAUAGGGGUAGAAACUGAGUAUAUACAUGCUCCCCUUGGGGAGCUAGUGCAGUAAUGAUGCACCAUGGGGGUUGGAAACAUUCGUCUCCUGUGGUGUGGCGUGUGGGAUAAGCUGCUUCCAUAUGGGUUUGAACAAAACUUUAUUUUUUUUAAAAUUUAUUUAUUAAUUUUUUUUUUUUUUUGGAUAUGGUUAAACCCAGUAUCAGAUUUGGGGUUGGUGUUGUUGGCAGUUCUACACGAGGGCCUAUUUUGGUGUUGUUCAGAGGUGGUUCGUAGUAUUGCUGCAAAAUAACGUAGACCUCUACGGUCUUUUUUGGCACUUUAAAGGGCUGGGUGAUAUUGUGGGGUUUCCCUUUCUCACCCGACAUAAUUUGAAUUGUCUCUCGCAUCUGUGUAUACCCCGUGAGCUCCCUCUCCCCCCACCCCCCAUGCCCCAGUAGACACCCCUGGGCUCAGUAAAUACCAUUGUGGAUCUUGGGUAACAGUGUGCUAUGGUGUCGGUGUUGCCGUGUCCGGUCUCUCCACUCUGCGGGUGUACCCGAGCCUGCGCUGGAUGGGAGUUUCGCUUCCCUCGCGCAGGUUGUGCCCCGAGCCCAGGCAGCAAGGCGCCCCGCGCAUCCCCCCCGCCCCCCCCCCCAAUUGUGGGGGACGGCGGGGAGAAGGCGCGCGGGCCCCCGCCCCCACCACGCCAAGGAAGCAAACGAGGCUCAUUGAGGCUUCUCCCAUUUCAACUUCCCAGGCCUCAAGUGUCUAUGGGCACCCCCCCCCUAUCGUUGUGUGCCUUCCCAUCGCCAGCGUGGCCUUGAGACCCAUACUUGCCGCACCCCUGAGCCCGCACUCCAUCAAAUAGUGUCCCAUACAAUAUCGCCAACACAAAAUUCUAAAAAAAUAAAGCAAAAGGGGUAGUAUACAUUAACAGAGCGGCCCAGCGGUGCAGCGGCACGCAUUAAGAGUACUUCAUUUGUCCUUAAUGUCCUUUGGUUACCCCCACAACAGCAUUGUUAGCCUUCCAGAAAGAGUGUAAGGGCCCACUGUGUCCGAACCCUGCGUGCAUGGGUAGUGCUGGGGGGAGAGCCGGGGGAUCAUUAGUUCCAUUCUGCCCCUUCAAUGUCGCUGUGCCUGAAUAUAGUAUGUUAGUGGUAUGCAAUACUUGCGGUUUCCCUCAUGUGUCCGCCGUUGCUGUUCAGUGGAUGCUUGGUGCUGCUUGCCAUUCUAGCCGCAAUCUAUGCCGUGGUGGGGCUUGAGCGGGUUCCAGUUGGGGGUUAAUACCCCAUGCUUUCAGUUUGGCUGCUCCAUCUUCUGGGGUGAAGAUUGGUUUCAGCACUCCCUCCUUCACCACCAACAAUUUCGUCGGAUACCCCCAUCUGUAUCUUAUUCCGUUUCGCGGAGCGUGGUAGUGAUGGGCAGAAAUUCUUUCAGUUUUCGAAGAGUUGCCGCCGAUAUAUCUGGGAAGAUCUGUAUUUUGGCAUAAUCUUCUGGCGGUUGAGGCCUGGUCCUGCUGGCGCGUAGUAUAUGUUCUUUAACAUGAAAAUAGUGAGCACGUAGCAGGACGUCUCUGGGUGUGGAGUCGGGAAGAUGGCGCGGGCGAGGCACUCGGUGUACCCUAUCGAGCAGCAGCAUGUCGGUCGGGAUUUCUGGAGCAUAUGCGUGCAGCAUGCCUCGCACAUAUCCUUGUAGGUCAUCCGGGAGCACCGAUUCGGGUACACCCCGCAGCCGUAGGUUAUUCCGCCGCGACCUGUCCUCCAUGUCUGCAAGCUUAGCUUCGGUAAGUAGCAGUUUUUCUUCCAGAUUUUCAACAUGGGACGCUUGGUCGUUAUGUGCCGUCGCGACUUCGUCCAUUUUGGAUUCCAUGUGUGAGGUUCUAUUGCCUAUGUCCUGAACAUCUUUGCGUAGGGCCUCUACAGUACUCUGCCAUGAUCCAUUUAGUUUUUGGGAGAGGUUUUCUAAAGCCUGAGCCAGGUAACUUUUUGUCAGGGCUUCUCCCGUUUCGGGCCUGCUUGGCGGCAUGCUAUCCUCUUCUGAGCAGUCGUCGCCAUCUUGAGUGGCGUUUGGUAGGCCCGAGUUCGUCUGCUGCGGUUUUUGGUGAAAGAAAUUAAUUUUUUCCGCUUUUGGUGCAUUCUUUUUCCCUUUGUGGUGUGACAUUUUCUGAGAUGGGGUCUUGGUGCAGUUCUGUGUGUUAGGAUUGAUGUGGAUUGUCAGCCCAUGAGCCGGAGCUAAGGAUUAUGCAUCCAUCUUGUCCGGCGGUUGUAAAGAUGCACUUUUUAUGUUUAUAAUUUUAUCUAUAAUGGGUAAUACGUGUUCAUAACCUUAGACUGUAUUGGUUUAAAGUGUCACUAUCAUUUUUCGGAUCUCUGCAUGUUUUGAAAAGACGCUACAAGUUAACAUGUCCACUUUGUGUGGAGGGGGCUCGGUUAGUGGGCUCGGUUAAGUGCGCAUGCAUAACGUGUUAUUGGCAUCUAUUGCCCAUGGCGCGAGAUGAUGCCUCGCGGCUGAUGGGAAAUAGUGGCGGAAACGUCACCCUACUUAUUUUGGAUGUAUAUCGUUUGAUUGAAUUGGAAUUUUAAAUCAAACGUCAAAAAAAUCCUAUCUUUAUGAAAACUUUAAAUUCAGCGUUGACAAGAAAUUAAUAAACAGCAUAAAAAAGAAAAUUGCACCUAACACAACCUUCAGCUGUUCUUAUAUUGUUUUCUUGCUUCCUGAUCUAACAGUUAUAAAUCAGCUGUCUGUUAGAUUUGCUCCAUUUGAUACACAUCUGAGAUCAUUUUUAAUAUGAUUUUUACAUACACCAAGUGCCACAGUUAUUUCUCUAUUAUUUUUAUUUAUGUAUCAACAGCUUCCACAUGAGGAAAGAAAACAAGGCUUCACAGAAAAAGGAAGAAAAAGAAGUAAACCGAUUAGAGAUGGAAAUGUUAAAAGGUGAGGAAAUUAUUAUAUAAUCGUACCGGACUGUCUAACUCUGUACUUACCUCUUGCCGCCAGCAGAGGCUGCUGGGAAAAUCCUCCUCUGUCUGUUGCUUUCCGUCCAUGUACCCAUACCGCCUGGUUUGGCUGGUGGCUGCUUGCCUUGUGGAUCAGGACUCGUUGUCUGGAGAAGGAGUUGGGAUCUGGAUUCUCCCAAUAACACACAUCUUUAUAGACAUUUAGCCAGUUUGUGCUUAUUAUCUGCGUGCUGACCUGGAGCCUGUUUAAAGGGAUAGUGUAAGCACCAUAAUCACUGUAGUGCACUCUAAUGGUUAUGGUACCAUCCCAUGCUUCAGCCAGCUCUUCUAAUAUAUCUUAUUCGAAAGAUUCUUCUUCCGCUUUAAUGACCUCAGUCCUGACUGAGGGUCUGCUAAUGUUAGACCUUUUAAUAAGUAUUUAACACCUUACUGCGGAUCGGUUCCAUUUAUUAAUUUGAAGGGCAGUUGGAUCAGCUAGUUUAGGGAUGGAUUCCAUUGUAAACAUUACCGUGGUAACUGAAUAUGCGUUGUCCCAGUUCCUAUUUGAUCUACUUACACAAUUUUGUGAGAAGCUAAAAAAAUAAUACAAACUUAUUUAUGUGUGUAUAUAUUUCAUUUUAAGUGUGUGUGUGUGUGUAUAUAUAUUUAUUAUGUAUGUCUCAAUGCAUGACAUAUUGUAAAGAUUUACUUUUUAUGUUUUUAUUUUUAAUUUUUUUUAUCUAUAAUGGAUAAUACAUGUUCAUAACCAUUAUAGAUUCACAUCAUUCACACCUUUAUUUUGGCUACAUUUUACCGAGAAAGCUUCUUACCUGGUGCUGUCAGAUGGCCGGCAGUGCAAUGUGUUUAAUGUUCAUUUAUUUCUAUUUUUAAUAGAUCCAGUAAUGUUUGGGGAAGUGGUCAUGGAGCCCCCAACACUCACUGCGAAACCAAGAAAGAGCAUUACAAAUUCCAAGGUAAACAAUCCAUUGCGUUUGGCCGGGUGAGCACGCUCUGAGUGCACACACUUUCCUGGCAAGGAUGCUGCUUUUAACUCAUUGAGAGCUUGGAGAGCAUACAGUAUAUUUCACACUACUGCUCCUGCGCUUAAAUUUCCGCUUCUCAGUUUUUCUGCUCAAACUAACUCUGCUGCUAAGCCAAAUACACACGUAAUUUUUUAUAAAUAAAAACCCUAUAUAUCCUUUAAAAAAAAAUAAAAAAAAUUACAUUUCAUAUAAUGUAAUAAACUUUAAAAAAGAAGUGAAAAUAUGAUGAACGUUAUCCUUUAAAGGAACACUCUUAGCACCAUAACCACUACAGGUUUUUUUUAGAACAGCUUGACUUCUAACCUGGGCACAGCCAUUUCUCCCUGUAGUGGUUAUGGUGCUUGAAUUGUACCAUUAAAACGGAAUGGUCACUUUAAUCUCCACAUCAUUUCCACAUUGCAGAUACUUUGCCAUUCCAUGAUUCCUCGGGGGUGUACAAGUAUCUCACAGAAAAAUGCUGUCCGCAUGCAAGCUUGGCUGUUUCUCCGGCAGUGAGGUGUGAACGCAUGCGCCGUGUAUACAGCAACGCAAAGUUAACUCAUUUACAUACUUUGCCUGGAAAAACAUGUCCAUGAAAAUAAGAUCAUUUAAAGAACUGAACAGCCAAUCAUUAAUGUUUUGUUCAUUGUAAGGAGAUGCUAAAAUUGAUGAAGUGACAGUUCUUUUUUUAAAGGGCUUAAACCACCAAACCUGAGCACAUGCUUUGUGUUCCUCUGCAGAGUAUCUCGCUUUAUUUAUUAAUUUUUAACCCUCUAACUAUAGAGAUAGCUGGAAAUUGUGUCUUAUUAAGUAUUGUAAAUAAGAAGUAUUCUUAAUUUAAUGUUUUAUGAUUUAUGUAACAGUGGGAUCUGUAUUAGAGGUUUGGGAGAGUUUCGAAGCAUUCACUGCAAAAACCGUACCAUGGGAAAAAAUCUAUAUUUAAAAAGAGCAACAUAAUCCAAAUUGAGAAAACACACAGCCAGUGAACAAGGAGUAAGAAAUUAGUACAAAUAACAUAAAACAUAAAGAUAAAAUGCAAUGGUCCGGAGAGUGGAGGGACUGAAAAGUCGUGUCUGCCAUCUGUUAACGCAUUGCUUUAUUCACAUUUUAUGAACGGCUCCAUGCACAGCAAUACUGGGAGGAAACAUGGGACGUGUUUUCUGAUUGUAGACCUAAAUUAACGCAUCAUUUCUUGAUUUCUUUUUGCCUGUUAGCCUGGGACAAAGUCACUGCUCCUGAAAAAACUGUUUGCCAAAGAGGGUCCAUCAGUCAAGCCGCCACCUGUAUCCAUGGCGCGGAAGAGAAUGAUACAGGAAGAACGUGAGAGGGUCAUAGACGCUUACAGACAAAUGAAAAAGAAAAAACUGCAGCAAAAUCCAGCAAAGGACCUUUAAAUCUGCCUGGUUUAAUCCUAUACCGUACGACUGCAACAAGAACCUUCUGAUUAUAACAGCAGCAUUUCUCGUUUUUAUGGAAUAAUCGAAAAGGACAUUUCAAAACGUGACGUUAACAGACUGGGACUUUGUGCUUUGGUUUGUGUCUUCCUGAAUGAGAGCAUGGAAGAGACUCCCCUUGCCAGGUUUACCUCAAAGAAAAAAUGCAGCCAACGCAAAAUAUUUGUUUUCUUCUUUAGUGAUACUGACGGAAUGGAGAGAAAGUGGUAUUUAGAAUUAAAAGAACAAUCUUUUAAAAACUUUUCCACAUUAUUCCUGGCUAGGUAAGGUUUACUGGACUCAAAGUAAGUUCUGUAACAAAGUCUGACAUAAAUGCAGGAGGUGAAUCUGGAGGCUUUCAGACUGUGGGGGAGGAUGGUGAGGUUUUACGAACUAUAAAUUGUGCAUUAAAAUCAGUGAAAUCACCUUUCAGUAGUUUUAAAAAUCAGACCUGGAUUUACAGCUGUUAAAGACGAUAGUAUAGUCCUUAAGUGGCUGUUUAGGUGAUCGUCUCUCUCUCUGUGCAGUAAGAAGGUGAUUUUCCUACAUUUUUCUCUCACCCCACACAAUUUUUUCACAGAUGGCUCCGCCUCAUGCUUUCACGCAUGAGUGGCAAAACGCGCUGCCAAUCCACAUCUCCUCAUAGACAUGCAUUGAAUCAAUCUAUCUCUAUGGGAAACUUUCUGCACCUCAAUGCUGAGUGAGGAGACGCUGAAUGCCAGUGCUGCAUAUUGUGCAUAACUGAACUAGGAAGCACCUCUAGUGGCCCUCUGAGUAACUGCAACUAGGAGUUACUAGGCACCAGUGGAAACACUGCCUUUUCUCAGAAACUUUACAUUAACUCCUUAAGGACGUUGGACGGAAUUCUUCCGUUAUUGCAGUCCUCCCCUUAAGGAUGCAGGGCAGAAAAUUUCUGUCCAAUACUAAAAUGACCCCAGAUUGUUAAUGUUCCUGUAGUGUGCCUCCAUGUCUAAGGCACACUGCUGUAGGCAUUUUCUCUGAUUCAGCCUAUGUGAUGGCUCUGACUCCCGGUCUGUCUCCCUGCAGCUCUGUGUGAGCUGUGAAGUGCAGAGAGACAGAUGAUUGGUGAUCUGUCUUUCCCUGUGAAGAAAAGUGUUAGUCAGAAAAUCCCACCUCACACCCCUUUCAAAUAAAAUUUAACCCCUUCCCUGCCUCUUGAUUAUUGUCUGCAGAGAUCAAAAUACAGAUCACAGUAUUUCACUUGAUCUGAUCUUUUUCUUUUAACCCCUGAGGGUUUACUUUUUGUUUUGUUUUUUUAAACCCUCGGGGGCUAAAUUUGUUUAGUUAAAUAUUUGUAAAAUGUGUUUAUUUAGCUAGGGUGGGUAGAAGUUAGUGGGGGAAUUGGGGGAUUUACUGUUAGGCUAGUUAAGGGUUAACAGUAAAAAAAGUUUGAAAAAGUAAAAAAAAAGUUUAAAAAAGGGAACUUUGUACAGGCUAGCGAAAAAAUGAUCCCAUACGAAGGUUUAAAAUAUGCUUUUUAAAACACCCUGUGGUGUCUUCUUUAGGAAAUGAUGUGCCUUUGUGAAGUAAUUGGAAAACACAACCUGCUAAAAAAAUAAAUACAAUUUUUUUUCCAAAGUGGGGAAUUGACCCAGCGUAACAAUUCGAACUUAAAUGGCUGUGUCUCAAAUGUGCACCUUCAACAUUCGUAUACCUGGUAAAGGUACAUACGGGGGUAUUGCUGUACUCAGCCGACAUAGCUGAGCAACAUAUGAAGUAUUAUACAGCCGUAGCACACAUAAGGUUUGCAAAAUAUACUGUGCAAACUCACUUUGUAUGUCAAAAAGGCAGAAAAUGCUUAUUACCACUACACUUGGUACAAGCUAGCGGAAAAAAUGAUCCCACGUUAAGGUUCAAAAUAUGCCUUUUGAAAUACCUUCGGGUGUCUUCUUUAAGAAAUGGUAUGGCUUUGUGGGGUAGUUGGAAUAAUCAACCUACCAAAAAAAAAAACCUUCCAAAGUGGGGUAUGGACACAAAAAUUCAAAGUUAAAAAAACAAAAACAAACAAAAAACAACUUAAAUGGCUGUCUUCAAUGUCCAAAUAUACCUGGUACAAGCUAGUGAAAAAAUGAUUUCAUAGUGUCCGAGAACUCCAUUUUGUCUGCCCUGUCUCAAUAUAUUGACUCCAACCAUUAGUAAAGACGUGUCCAUCUUUUUUACAGGACACUAUGAGCCUCCUAAAUAUAUUACAAGGUUUUAAAUGGGAGAAAGAGUAUUAUUUGAUAACCUGUAAUAUUACAAGUUUAAAUAUGAUAAUAGAUCAUGAUAAGGGAUGUGAAGCUGUAAAAUAUUUUUUAACAGAAUCUUAGUAGUGUUUAGAUCCACAGGUUGAUUUUAUCUUGGAGGGGAUCAAGAUGAUUUUAAAUAACAAUUAUUUUUGGUGUGAGGGAGACUUAUCUUCAAGUCAGAGGUACUACUAUGGGGACCAAGUUCAUGCCAAGUUAUGCGAACCUAUUCAUGGCAUAUUGGGAAAAGCAUUUUAUUUACAAUGGUCAUGUAUAUGGUAUGUACUUGGUCCUCCUAUAAGAGAUCUAUAGACGAUAUCUUUUUAAUUUGGAGGGGA